UCCUCCUCCUCCUCCUCCUCUGUAAAACAUCAAGAUCCUCUUGGUUUCAGAGAAGACAGCAGAGGGUGUUUGCUGUGUGAAAAUGAAGGUGAGCCUUGAAGGGAAGAAGGUAAUCUUAGUACCAUACAUGAAAGAGCACGUAGAAAAGUACCAUGAAUGGAUGCAAGACCCAGCCCUUCUUGAGGCCACAGCUUCUGAGCCCCUCACUCUUGAUGAAGAAUAUGAUAUGCAGCUGUCUUGGACCCAGGAUCCCUUCAAACAAACUUUUAUAAUCCUGGAUAAGGAAUUGGUUGUUGGAGAGUUUGUUCAUGGAGAUCCCCAUGUUGAAGCCAUGGUUGGUGAUGUCAACAUAUACAUGAAUGACUUGGAUGAUGCUGAAAUGGCUGAGAUUGAGAUAAUGAUAGCUGAGACAAAAAGUCGUGGCAAAGGGCUUGGGAAAGAAUCAGUUCUCAUGAUGAUGGCAUUUGCAGUUGAGAAUUUUGGCAUCCAUUUAUUUCGUGCUAAAAUUGGGGACUCAAAUAGAGCUUCUAUAAGUCUAUUCCAGAAACUGGGCUUUGAGAAGACUUCUCAUAGUGAAAUCUUCCAAGAGGUAACCUUCGAGCUACCAAUAACAGAGUCAAAGUGUGAGGAGCUUCAUCGGUUAACUGAUCAAUCAUGGCUAGAUAUAGAGUAAUUUCAUGAACUGUGAUACAGAUAGUUAUGACUUUAAAUUAAUACAACUUGGAAGGAGUAACCACUCUGAUACUUGCAAGCUCUAUUUGACGGCAGUCAUGCAUCAUGACACAGCUUAAUCCUACUUUUUCGAUAGCAAACUAAGUGUCCCAGUUGAUUGGAGAUUUGGGGGUGAUAAUGGAUGACUCUGAGGAAUGUUGUUUAAAACUGUACUUCCAGCUUGCCAGACAUGAUACACAGUUGUUACAUCUUCUAGUGGCCCCAAAACUGCAAAUAUGGUCAUCUCAUUGUCUAAAUAUUCUGCGGAGAUGUUUGAAACGUGGAAGCUGAGGCUGCCUGGCAGCAGUGAAGGACUGUAACUGGUUAUUGAUGUCGGAUAAGCUGUCAUGCUGCCAUUUGUGUUGCGGAAAGCUACAAGUGCUUGUGAUCCAACCAUGCCUGCCCUAGAAGGGUUAAUUGCCCAUGCAAUCCACCCCUGUGACCUUUGUUUGGCCCUGUAUGCUAAUGAAAUCUUUCCAGUUGAUGGGGUGUAAUUCCAGUGGAGAUGAGCUUCCAGGUAUGGAAGGUCCAUGCAAGACGUGUAGCUUCUCUUAGAUGUGAAAGUGAAGCUUGAACAUGUUUGAGCAGAGGAUAUGAGUAAGAGGGGAGAAAGAGUGCAGCAAAACAAGAUUGCCAGUGAGCCUGAAGCCAUUUGUGUAGAGGUAAACUAUACCAGGAACCGAAACUUUUUGGUAAAUUAGUGUUGAAUGUUGGUAUUUGAUGGAGGUGAGUUGAAUUUUAGGCCUUAUAAAAGGAAUGAAAGGGGAAUAAGCUGGUUGUUGCUACAAUAUGGACCGAGUGUUUGGCGGGUUUCAUUUUGACCAACCUAGUAGUUGAAUGAUGAGAAUUGCAUUUUCCAUGUUAUUUCUGCUGCUAAUUUCAUGUUUCUUGCGUGAUAUUCUUUUCACCCUA